AUGGGUAACACAACAAGUUAUUUUGAACCUUCAACGGAAUCUGCUCCCACAGGAGCAGCACCAAAAUCUCGAUCAUUUCAUAACGAGGAAGAGCAGUUCCGAUAUUACAUCAAAGAGAUUGAGUCAAUCAUAACUGCAGAAUGUCCUCACAAAUUGUGUUACACGACGCCCGAAAACGCUCUUCAGAUAGUAGCAAAAGAAGGACCGACUCGAUGUCCCGAUUCUCCGUUCUAUCUCCCAGUAGAACCAAUUAAUUUCAAAGCUGUCGCACUCCCCGAGAAGUAUAACAAACCCGAACUUGUAAGUAAAAUUAGAGGUCUUAUAAUUGGUCAGGCUGUCGGUGAUGCAGUUGGCUUGGCUACUGAAUUUCUGAAUAAGAAGCAGGCCUUUUGGAAAUACAACAACACAAUUGAUUACGCGAAUUACUUGAGAGACUCGCAUAGAUCUGUAUGGAUGGACGACAAUUGGGUUUGCAGUGACUGGACAGACGACACUGACAAUAUGCUUUUAUUACUUGAUGGAGUGAUCUUCAACAAUGGAGAUGUCAUAGUCGAGGACUAUGCGUUGAGGUUGCGCCAUUGGAUUGAAUUUGGGUUCUCUGAAUUUGGUGAUUUGGGUGCAAUGGGUGUUGGAAAGUACUUUGGUAAAGUCGUGAGAACUCCUGGAUGGGUCAAAGACCCUGUACAAGUCUCCAAGAAGAUGUGGGAAGAGAGUAAUAAGAGUCAAGCAUCAAAUGGGUGUAUCAUGAAAAUUGGUAUACUCGGCGCAGUUCAUUUUUGGGAAGAAGAACGCGUGAAAGAAAACAGUGCAGUCAUAUGUCGGACUACACACUAUGAUGAGCGGUGUGUUGCAUCUUGUUUAGUCAUUUGCACUAUAAUUGCUGAAAGUUUGAAGGCCGAGAAGAGUCCGGAUGAUAUUCUAGAAUACGCUUUAUUGAAAGGAAAGGAGGUUCUAACUCUUGAGUCUAAUAUCGAGCAAUUCGAUACAUACACUCAUGCAAACAAGUUGGAAGAACUCGACUUGUGUAACUGCAUUGGAUUUGUAUAUAAAACACUGGGAUGUGCAAUAUGGGCACUAAGGAAGUACUCCGCUUGUGUGAAAGAAGGUGUCGAAAUAGGUACUAUCUUCGAACAAAUUAUAACUGAAAUAACAAUGGAAGCCGGUGACGCAGAUACCAAUUCCGCGGUUGCAGGGACAGUCAUUGGAAGCUUUCUAGGCGAUCAGAAUAUCCCGGAGAAGUGGAAAAAACUGCGCCACAUCGAUGCGCUCGAACACCGCAUCCAGAGUUUCCUUCAUAUUUAUAAUUUAUAG